AUGCUCGAAUGCGGCGAUAUAGUACCUCCAGCCUUUAACCCCUUCCCGCUGACUCCGUUAGACCACCUGUUGCCACGGCUUCAUAUGACGUGUUUUUUCUACUUUGCAACCAGAUCACCAAUCACAGAUGUUUCGAUCCUCGAGAAUGGAUUAGACUUGUUAAUCGCACAGAACCCCAUCCUUGCGGGAGAUGUCUGUCCUGCCUCGCAAUCAAACGGAAAAGCCAACAGAUUCGAAGUGCGACCGCCGACAGCUACGAGUCUCGAAGACUAUCCUCUUUUCCUGAUAUGCAUGCAUACUGGAGAGUAUUUCUAUCGCCCGAAGAGCGCCCGCUCGCGCCGUGUGACAGGCCGCGACUUGUCACAAGCCAAGUACCGACCCGUCCCGCUAGAUGCAGUCGACAGGGAACGCACACCCGGGCUUCGCUGGCAGGCGAACGUCUUUGACGAUGGGAUCGUGCUGGGCGUCUGCCAUCACCAUUUGUUCCACGAUGCGAUCGGAUUGUACAUUAUCCUCCGUGCUCUGGCGGCCUGUUGUCAGAGCCCGAAACUUACUGGGCAGGUCUCACUUCAAUCCGUUGACACCGACUGUCGCCAACGGAUUAUCAAACUGGGAAAACAAGUGGGGAGCAUGCCAGGAACUGGAAGACGGGUUGAAAUUUUCUCCAGCCCAAAGAAGACAGUCGAUAUCACUGGCGAUAGAAUUGCGGUUGAGCUCAUAACGAUUCCCUUUGAGGCAAUCUGUCGUCUUAAAGAGGCUUGCAUAGCUAUCACAGCAGAUAUGCUCGGAUCUGUGGCUCGAAACGUCGACCCAGGCUCCCCGGAGAAGAGUCAAGCGCCUCCGAUCUUCUCAGAUAACGAUGUAGCCGCAGCCUUGAUGUGGCUCUGUUGGAUGCGAUCUCACUACCACCAACCCCAGCACUCACCCCAACCACAUGAGACCUCAAUGGUGAUGAUGAUCGAGCUCCGACAUAAGUCACGAGGCCUUCUGCCUCUGGAAUACAUCGGAAACGCCCUCGCCCCCGUCGCCGCAUCGGCCCCCCUCUCUCCCGUCAUCAACUCACCCGUAAAGACUGUGGCCGCCGACUCCCAGGACAAUUCCCCAGAAAUGUACAGACGAAUCCCCGGAAUAAGCACCUACGACCUCGCUCUUCUCGCCGACCUCACCUUCCGUGCUUACAAGACUUACACUAAGGUAGACGAUAGAUACAUCCGCGAUCUUAUCCGCGAGAAACAAAUCAGCCCCGACUGGCGAUCUGAUUAUCCCAGUGACAACCAAUUCGGCUACAGCAACAUGCGGUUGAUGAAUCUGUCGGAUAUUGACUUUGGGAAAGUGCUUGGACGUAUUGUGGGAUUUGACGUGCCUGAUUUCCGGACAAACGGACAGUGCUGGGUGCUGCCGGCACCGACGAGGAUGGCGCCCUGGGAAUUUCGCGUCUCCAUGGAGAGGGAGGAUAUGCAGCGGUUUCUUGGUGAUCCGCUAUUGGCUUGGGCAAUGGGGCAGAAUGUGGCGAGGCUGUGA